CUUUUAUGUACUUCAAUAUCAACAAUUUCAUCCACUACAUAAAUUUUUAUGGUGUUCAAAUCUCUUAGGGACGGAAAGAGAUGUAUGUAAGCAUUCUAAGCUAAUUUCUUCUAAUUCUUUAAAUUUAUAUUAAUCAGAAUCAUCCCUUUCUAUAUCUGGGUCUUUUCUUCUUCAUCGAAUUAGCGUCUACCUUUGUCUCAUUACAAUCUGCCAAAAGUUUGUCAUCCUCAAAUUCACUAUCAAUCCGUUCACUAUAAUUCAAUUACCAAAUCUCAUUCAUACAUAAUAUUUAACUUUUCCGUUGGGUUGGACCAUACUUUUAUGUAAAAAAGAAUCCCCAUUUGCACCUCCAAAUUUAUGAUGAAAUUGUGGUUGGUACUUCUAUAUGUGGAUCUGCUUCAAGCAAUACAAAUUAUAGUCUGGACAAGGAAUUGAAGAACUUAGAAUCAAUCGAUUUUACGAUCCGAUUUCAUGAUUCGAUUUUGUGAGCUGCUUCCAAUUCAAAGUAAAAUCCCGAUUUAACAAACUUGACCGUGAGAUCUCCACCUCUGGAGUUUUUGUGGUCAAAUUUGAAAGCAUUGUCGCGUAAGGUGACGAUGGUUAAGCAACACUGACUAUUGUAGUCGAGGAGCAUCUGCCAAUUUCUGUGAUUGUUACGUUUCAGACAAGGGGUGUGUGUGUUCAAGAGAAGGAUGUUUUUGGCAUUUUCAAACAGUGGUGUCAUGGAUUGGUUUCGUAGAAAAAACUUAAGGGUUUUGAAACCUUACAGAUGCUUUAGUUAAACGACAUGGAUGUAUAAGGACUGGAGGGUAUCUUUGUUUCCUUUCCUUUACCUUUCUUUUUUUUCCUCUUCCCUGUGCCAAACAACCCCUAAAUAAUAAGGGAUAAUUGUUCUCUCCGCAAAGGGUCAAUCUUUUUGAAAUCCUCAAUAUCGAUUACUACUUGUCAGAUAAGGAAAAUGUUCAACAUUCUAGCUACUAGUAACUCGUAGAAAAAUGUAGAUCAGUUAAGUGUUGGAUAGUGAAUUCAGAUUUUAUGGUGUGCUUUCUCCUAUGCUCCAUUGUUCGAACAUUUUAGAUUUGCCACGAUGUAUCGUUAAUUUCUCCACCUGUGUUUUAUAGUAAAUGUGUGAGCUCUCUGCUGCUGACGGAUUUGUGGAGAUAAAUGAAAACUUGGGAGAUAUGAUAAAGUAUGUGGCAAACGAACCUUCGGUAGGAUUGUACUACAUCCAGCAGCAUGCUCAAAAUGCAGUGCCUAAUGUCAUCAGACACAAGAACAACAUUUCGGAAAAGUCCCAUGAAGUGAGUUUACACACCGAGGAUUUAGAGGAUUCGAUUAAUAUGACAAAGACGAUGAAACAAUGUGGAUCGCCUGUUAUCGAUGAAAUGAUUCGAGAUAUAAAAGCAUCUCUAACCAUAAUGUCAACUAAACAGCCGGUUAGAGGUGUGAUCAAACAGCGUAGUUCAAGUUAUCGGAUCGGUGCAAGCAGUUCUUGGGGCCCAGUUACUUGGGCUCGCACUACGGGUAAUAACCAGAAUGAUGGCGAGGGAUCUAAUUAUUACUUUUCAAGCAUGUUCAAGUCUGCUAAAGACAAGGCUGUCAACUUGAAAUGGUCACAAGUUCCACAGCUUGAUGUGACGCAGCCAAGACCGUUUGAAAGCAAUAUUUCUACUCAGGUGGAGGAAACUGAUGAGCUACCGUUAUCUAGUCAGGUUGAAGAUGAGACAGUUGAAGGCAGUAAUAUAUCAAUGGAUGGAAAAUCUCAACUCUUAUUACCAGAAGAAAGAGAAUAUGACGAAUUUAAGGCCAAUAAGGAAGCCAGAUUAGAGGAGUGGCUGGAAGGUUCUGGCGGCAUUCAUGAGAGUAAGAGCGAUGAUCUUAAAGAGUAUGGACAUCAUCUGCUCGACAGUUUAUGAUGUCCCAAUAUCUCACCAGUUCACCUGAUUAAUUUGAUGGUUUUCCCGAGAGAUACGGGAUUGUAGGGAUUCUAUGUCUGUACUGCCUGCUACUGUAUCUGGAUGAUAGAUUAGUUGCAUUGUGUUGUACAGUUUAGAAAGUUUUAAGGCGCAUUUGUUGUCAUUGUUGUAUUAAUAAGCGAGGACGGGUGUAGCAAGAGUGGUGCUCACCUUGACCUGUGUGGCCGAGUCCUUAGGUCAAUCAGUCAAUCCUGAUUACCGUUGUUCAUUGGAUGAGUUGCUCACUUGGUUAUGGCAUUCCAAAAUGUAUGAAUAAGGUUGGAGUUUAUUUUACUUUGUUAAAGUUGCAAUAUUUUCUGCAUUUGUUGAAGAUAUUGAAGGAUAAAAGUUUCAUCUUUGGUACAACAGAAAA